AAGCGGAAGUUUUGUUGACAGCCAAGAUGGCGGCGUCCGCAGCUAAACAAAACACCGCCGACCAACCUUUAGAAGACUUAUUAAAUCCCGCUGUGACAGUUACUCAGGACGGCGGCUGUUGUUCACUCAUUUCCGACGAGUUACGCGACUAUGUGGUAGACUUUUUGGACAAAGAGGUGGGCAGCGACGUCAAAUCCCUGAAGAACGUUGGGAGCCUGCUGCACAAACUCAAGGAGGAAAACAGCUUGCUGGAAGAACAGGUCUUGACAGUGUCCAGCUCUGUGCCUCCUCAAGUGUCUGCAGCUCUCUCUGCAGCGGAAGAUGCUAGAUGUUCUUUGGAGGAGCUCCUACAGAGAGAAAAACAUAUCUCCGAAACACUGUCCCAGCAUCUUGAAGAGGUCCAGCCAUGGAUGGAUACCCUUGGCCAGACUCUUCACCAGGUUGAGACAGUGGAGAGACACAUGAAUUAUCUCCGUUGCCUUCAGCACAUUGAAGAGCUGAGUGCUGUCGUCCAGCAGUGUCUAAUGACCAGCAGUGUGUGGGAAGCCAUCAGGGCUGUUGAGAGCAUGGCUGUGAUGGAUGCUGGACUGAGUCAGUCAAGAUGUUCUCACCUCCGUGACUUUCUCAGAGAAACUCUACAAUUUUGGCACAAGAUCAUCAAAGAUCGCCUGGCCGGUGAUUUGGAGAAGGUGUUGACACAGCUUCACUGGCCCAUUAUCUCCCCUCCGACCCAGUCCCUGACACCCACUGCCAAUGGGCAAGAGCUUGCCAGUCAGCUGGAGCUGCUCGUCACACAGCUGCUCGCCCUGCAGACACCUGAUGACCUCAUCUCUCAGCGGACGUUUGCUCCUUCGAAAGCUGAACCUUCCACCCAGGGCGCUCCUUCAGCACCGCCUUGUCCUCAAGCUCCCCCCCUUUGCCUGCCCAUCCAGAUCAUGAUGCAGCCGCUCAGCAAGAGGUUUAGAUACCACUUUUAUGGCAAUCGACAGACCAACACCCUCAGCAAGCCAGAGUGGUACCUCACUCAGGUGCUAAUGUGGAUAGGGAACAGCACAACCUUCAUGGAGGAAAAGAUCCAGCCUAUCCUGGACCGAGCUGGUGCCACCAUCAACGCCAGGGUGGAGCUGUGUCGAGGCCUGCUGUCUUUAGUCCAGGAGAAGGUAGCUGGUGAUGCAUCCCGCCUGCUCUAUGACGACGCGCUCUUUUGCCACCUGGUGGAGGAGGUGCUGCAAUUUGAGAAGGAGCUACGAAGCAACCACUCGUACCCCGUGUCGCUUCCCGGUCUGCUCCACCUCCUGCUGGAGGACGCCAUCCUUCAGAAGUGGCUCACAGUGGAGAAGAAGAUGGCUGUGGAGAAAGUGGACGCCAUGCUGUCAGCCGAGGGUGCAUGGAGCUCUCAGUAUAAAGACAUCCGUGACAUGGAUGAGCUUAAGUCUCCGGACUGCGCUGAGACGUUCAUGACUCUGCUCCAGGUUAUUACGGACCGCUACCAGGCUUUACCCUGUGUCUCUGCACAGCUGAAGUUUCUGGAAUUACAAAGAGAACUGGUCGAUGACUUCCGUAUACGACUCACCCAGGUGAUGAAGGAGGAAUCACGCUGCCCACUCAGCCUGCGCUAUUGUGCCAUCCUCAAUGCGGUCAACUACAUUUCAACCAUCCUGACAGACUGGGGAGACAAUGUGUUCUUCCUACAACUUCAGCAGGCUGCAGUGUCCCUGGGCGAUGAGACAGUCGUGGGAGGUCUCGGGGUGAUGGAGAUGGGUCGUCUGGCUUCUCUGGAGGGCUCGUUGUUUGAAGGUCUGCUGGCCUUGCUGGAUCGACUCAAAGGUGACAUGAUGGGGAGGCUGCUGGAUGGAAUCAUGAGAGACAUCACGGAAAAAGCCACAGCGUACUGCCAAGACAGAUGGUUUUGUCAUCCAUCCCAGCAUGACAUGUCUGCCAUGACUUUGUCCAGUUCUGCAUGUCCCAUGAUGCUUUGCAUCAGGGAUAGUCUGUUGAACCUCCACCAGGUCCUAAGUUUGUCUCUGUUCCAGCUGGCUUGGCAGGGCCUUGCAGAAAGACUUGAUAGUUUUCUCUACCAAGAAGUGAUUCUGUCUAAUCAUUUCAGUGAUGGUGGAGCGGCUCAGCUUCAGUUUGACAUGACCAGAAAUCUUUUUCCUCUCUUCGGUCACCACUGCAAAAGACCGGAGAACUUUUUUAAGCAUGUCAAGGAGGCUUGCAUCAUCUUAUGUCUCAACGUGGGUUCUGCCAUCCUGUUGAGGACUCUCAUUAAGGAGUCUGAGGAGACGACCAGAGAUUGGACGGGGAGGGAUGACCCUUCACCGCAGUCUGUGUUGAACGAGUUGGGCGUUUAUUACUUGGCUCCCUGUGAUGUCUUCAUUCUCCUCAACCUCAGAGCCUCCUGGCCCGGACAGUGAAGCGUAUGGGUUUGAUUUCAAUCGAGAUCAAUAUGCAAUCUAGUUUAAUAUCAACAAAAUACCUAUCGACUUGAUCUGAGGUCAAGGGUCAUUUCCACAUGAAUCCAAGCUGGUGUGGAUUCUUUUAUUCCGACAAACAAAGCCAAACACGCACAAAAAGCAAUUACAUGUAGAAAUUAUACAAUAAAGCAUUGUUUCCCAACCUUUGAGCCAUGGCAAAUAUCACGCCUUGACUUAUGUUGUAUGAAUGGCGCUGCCUGCUCUGAAGGCACAAACUGUUCCCAUGGGGCUGAGGAAGCUCUUCCAUCGUUCUGUACAAAAGUAUUGUGUCCUACAAAUGCCUUUUUCAUCAACGUAAAGAAGUCCCAUUGUUGAUAUAAAGUCCUACAUCUAGUCCACGUUCUGCUCCACAACCUGGAUGUUGAUUUUGUCCUUAUUGCCUCUGUUGUGUCGUGGUAGUUUGAGGUUCUGUUCAGUUAAACCACUCUCCUCAUCAGAGUCCUCAUCGGAUUCUGAUGCAUCCUCCUCACCCUCAGAGUCGCUGAGCUCCACCAAUGCAA